UAAGCAUGUAUAAUAAUGCAAAACAAAAAAAAUUGGAUGUGGCAAUGAAAAAUAUAGGGCAGAAAAGAAAACAUCUUACAGAUGUAGAAAUUGGACGAAUUAAUGAAGCUGCAGACCAAGGAGAGUCUCACAGAAGCAUUGGAAAGUGUUUUAAACGAGAAAACUCAACUAAUAGUAGAUUGGUAAAGAAAUACAAACAGAAUGGUAAAACUGAAAGGGCUGUUGGAUCUGGGCGAAAACCGAAAACUUCAAAAAAGGAAGAUCGCUACAUUCUUAAUGCUUUCAAAAAAAAUCGUAAAAUCACUUGUUCUGAGAUAAAACUAGAUUUGAACCUUACUAAUAUCUCAAAGUGGACAAUAUCUCGCAGGAUUAAAGCAUCAAGUGAUUUUUUUUCUGGAAAGCAAAUUAAAAAACCUUUUGUUAGUGAAAUCAAUAUAAAAAAGCCUGUAAAGUGGUGCAUUGAGCACAAAGAUUGGACAUGUGAACAAAUGGGCUAAAGUUAUCUGGAGCGAUAAGUCUCCAUUUGUUUUGUAUUAAAAUGGUCAAUCUGUUUUAGUACACACAAAGUUGGAAAACUUUACCGGGUGAAGGGCAUUAUGGACCAGCAUUUGUAUCACAAAAUCUUAGUUAACCAGCUUGGACCAAGUAUAAAAGAACUUUUUUCCUAAUUGUGACUAUAUCUUUCAACAGGAUAAUGAUCCCAAACAUACAGCACGGUUGAAUAAAAGAUAUCUAGAAUCUAAAUUGAUUCCAGUUAUGUUUUGGCCAGCACAGUCUCCUGAUUUAAAUCCAAUAGAAAACCUUUGGUCUAUUUUGGAUAAAAAAAUUGCAAGAUCGUAGGGCAACAAAUGAAGAUGAUCUGCUCUAAAUUCUUCUUGAUGGUUGGAAGGCUUUGCCAAAUGACUUAUUAAAAAGACUUGUUGAUAGUAUGCCUUCUAGAUGUGCGGAAGUCAUAAGAAACAAAGGAUGGCCAAUUAAAUACUAAAACAGUUUUAACCUAAAAAAUACUUUACAAAUCCUAAUUUCUUUUUAUUAUAUGUAAUAUACAAUUAUAUUGUAAAUAUUUUUAUCAAUAUUGGCAGUAAUAGAAGUAACA